CUGCGUGUGCUCAACAAAAACCAUGGCAUCUCAAUGUCCUAAAUGUGACAAAACCGUCUAUUUCGCUGAGAAGGUCACAUCACUGGGAAAAGAUUGGCAUAAGUUCUGUUUGAAGUGUGAACAUUGUAAUAAGACUCUAACUCCUGGAGGGCAUGCUGAGCAUGAUGGAAAACCAUACUGCCACAAGCCCUGCUAUGCAACAUUAUAUGGACCAAAGGGUGUUAACAUUGGAGGAGCUGGAUCAUACAUAUACAAGAAACCAAGUGUUGACAAACCCAUUUCUCCGACUGAGUCAGCCCCAAAGAUUGAAGACAAAAAGGUUCCCGGACCCACAAGAAGUCUCAGUAAAGCUUCCAGCAUAACAACUUUUGCAGGAGAGCCCAACCUUUGUCCUCGCUGUGAAAAAAAAGUUUUUUUCGCUGAAAAAGUGACCUCCCUUGGGAAGGACUGGCAUCGACCUUGCUUGAAGUGUGAACGAUGCUCAAAAACGUUGACUCCCGGUAGUCAUGCUGAGCAUGAUGGCCAACCAUACUGUCAUAAGCCAUGUUAUGCGAUUCUUUUUGGACCAAAAGGUGUGAAUACGGGGGGUGUUGGAAGCUAUAUCUAUGACAAGACUCCUGAAAACAAGGCUCAAACUUAACAUGUUUCUACAACCAAAUUGGCUUCACGGCUGAGAUGAUUUACUUGCUGUAGCUCAACUCUGUAAAAGCCAUUUCUACCUGAGAACACCAAGCUGAUAAUUUAAAAUGUACAUGUU